AUGGAGCGCAAACGCCAGCGCGUGGCUAACGACACGACCGCGAGUCCUCCCAGUAAGCGUCUAGUCCGUGAUAAGAACGACAAGCCAGAGAUUCCGGUCCAUUCAGAGGUCGAGAACGAACUCUCAAGCAUUGACGACUUGCUGCAAAAGGAAGAGACAUCGCAACGACAAACCUGGCAAAUUGGGAAACGGGUGAAAAGGCUAUUAGAGCGUCAUGAGAAUUUACCCAUUUCGAAACAGCUGGAUGCCUAUUUUCUCUGGGGUACAGCUUUGGCUCGUCUAGCCUCAUUAAAUGAAGACCCGGCUUUAGCUGAUGCAGCGGCGGACAAAUUCCAGCAGAUCUUGGAGCUGAGUGGAGACGGGGCGGAGCUUGCAGAUUCCGUGGAUGCCGCUCUGGGUCCUGUGGGUUACUCGCUCUGGGGCUCGUCGCUGCUAAUUGUCGCAACGGAGACGCAGAGUCGAGAGGUACUGGACCAGGCACUGGCCAAAUUUCAGAGAGCAGUGGAAGUGGACGGAGGUACGACGUUUGAGACGAGGUUCCAAUACGCAAAGGCACUUAAGGAGGGAGGAGAUCUGGUGACGUUCUUGGAAGAAGACGAAGGUGCAGCAGGAGAUGUGAAGACAAACAGCUACUAUGAUAGGGCCUUGCAGGUGUGUAAAACGCUGGAAGACAUUUAUCAGGUGGAGUCGAGAAAAAUGCAGAAGAAUGACGAUGAGGAGGAAAAAUUGAAGGAACGUGAGGACGGAAGCAAUGGUCGAGAAAAGAACGAUGACGAGGAGGACAAAAUGACGGUGGAAGACUUUGGUGAAGUGAGGUUACUUGAGGCUGUAUUGCAGGGUUUGCUGGACGAUCCGAGCAGUGUUGAUAGCCUUUACCGUACUGUUGCACUUUACCAGGCGGCUAUCGCACUGCAUCCUGACAAUGCCAAAGCCUUGAUGGAGACAACUGAUUAUUUAGCUGCGAGGUGUCUGGCAAGCAGCAAUUUCGGCACAUGGCCGUCAGCAAGUGAGUGGAUUAAGCUGUUCGAUGGUCUGGAAGCGCAGUACAAACGCUUGCUAGCCGACCGUGGCUUCGAGCUGCAAGAGUGUCAUGAAAUCUGUCAUCGUAAAGAUACUCACGAUCAGAACGAGCCAGAAGAGAAGGAGAUUGAUGAAGAGGUGCCCUAUUUGCUCAAUGCACUUGGAAAGGGCUUGACGGCAUUUGUGCGGAGUUUCCCACACUUCGAUGGUGAUGUAGUUGAAGAAAUGAAGAAAUCGAAGCAAAAGUGUCCGGAUGCGAGUAGAAAUACACGCUUCACUCACGCAGUUGAGAUACUGCGCUCGGCUCAUCACUUUCACGACAAGCUUGGAUGUUAUUACUUGGCGUGUUUGUAUGCAUCGCCAGCAUUCGAAGAUGAGAAGGAAUGUCGUAUCUGGCUUGAAACUGCGGAUAGCUACGGUGCGUUAGAGGAUGAGUUUGACGUCCAAGAAUUUGCAACAAUGCACGAGAAGGCCUGGUUCAAACACUUGGCACAGCCACCAGUCCAAGUAAAGGAGAUUGAGGGUCAAGAGCAAGGAAGUAGCGAAGAGGAUGACGGAUAG